AUGUUCCACACCUUCGAGGGUUUUGGGAACCCCGACACCCCGACCAACGAGCGCCAGCAAUCUGUAAGCAGGCGCGUCACUACGCUUCGUGCCUGCACAUCAUGCCGCCAGCGCAAAAUCAAGUGUGAUGGCGACAAGCCAUGCGAAGCGUGUCGAUGGUAUAAAAAGGCCGACCUUUGCCAGUAUUCCGACCCUCGACCAUCAAGAAGACACGUGGAGAAACUGUCAAACAGUCUAGAUGAAUAUCGAAGUGUACUUGAAAGGCUGUUCCCUGACAUGCCCCCCGAAUCGCUUAUCCACUUGCCACGCGAAAACCUCCUGGAGCUAAUAGGCAGAAACCUACCGCAUCAACAUUCGCAGACACACCAUACAUCAUCACCAUCCACAUCUAUAUCAGUCGAUGUUCACAUAUCACCCUUUCCUAACGAAGAUGGCAACCUGGAGUCACUGCAGACUAUGCCAGAGGAAUUUACAGGUGAUCAACGCCCAAGCAACGGUAAUGUCGCCAAUGGCGUAUCAGACGACGUAAAUGCGUUGUCACUAUCGACUAGACAGCCCUCUUCGUACUUGGGAGUAUCUUCCGUCCAUGCAGUGCUCAAGGUAAUCGCCUGGAUUGCCCCAAACUCACUGUAUUUCUUCUCGCGAAUACCGGCUGUUGCUGGGAAACAGAAUCAUAUCAUGGAUUUUCCUUUUCCAGAAAAUACGAUUUGGCAGAAACAAGGCUAUGAAGAGGAACAAGGCAGUCCGCAGGUACAUCGGAAAAUAACUGAUAUGCAAUCUAUCGACGCCUAUUUCACUCACAUCCAACCAUUUGUGCCAAUGUUGGACGAGCAGUCCUUUCGACAGAGUUAUAUGUCUAAAUCCAGAAAGGACAGCCGCUGGCUUGCACUGCUAAACACCGUUCUGGCACUAGGAAGCAUCGUUGCGGGCACAUCAGACGAUACAUCUCAUCGGACCUACUUUCAGCGUGCCAAGAGCUACUUGGGACUCGACUCACUAGGAUGCUCCGAUCUAGAAACAGUACAAACUUUGGGGCUUAUUGGGGGAUAUUACCUCCACUAUAUCAGCCAGCCAAACCUUGCGUACUCACUCAUGGGUGCGGCAUUGCGCAUGGCUGCUGCUCUUGGGUUGCACAAGGAGUUCUCAAACAAUCGUGACGUUCCAAGUAAACAGAAGAUAGCAUCAAUGGACCUAAAACGAAGAGUGUGGUGGUCCUUGUUUUGCAUGGACACAUGGGGGAGUAUGACAUUGGGACGACCGAGCAUGGGCCGAGUUGGGCAUGCCAUCACAGUCCAGCUACCACAUUAUAGGGAUGCAGGAAAUAUACUCGGGAUUCUGCCUCUGAUCGAAAACAUCCGCUUCUGCAAGAUCGCAACACAAAUUCAAGAAGUCUUGGCAGUGGCGCCAUUAGUGAAACACGUUGAGAUCUCCCACUUCGAUAACCAGCUUUUGGAGUGGUACGAUGAUCUCCCGUCCGUUCUCAAAGACCACGAGCCAUGCUCUGAGUCUAUAUUGAUGACGAGAACUGUCAUGCGGUGGCGCUACUUCAACCUACGCAUGCUCCUCUACCGCCCGACACUUCUAAACUAUGCCAUGCGUCGGGUGCCAUAUAUUGCCUUGAGGGCCGAGGAGCGCAUGGCAAUCGAAAGGUGUAGAGAAAUCGCCGAGGUAGCGAUUCAGGAUAUUUGUGCCACCGCCACACAGAGCCAGAUGUCAGGAUGGAAUGCCGUCUGGUUUAUAUUCCAGGCCGCAAUGGUUCCACUUUUAGGACUGUUCCUCAGUGAUGACACCGUUGCAGAUCCCAGGGCUACUAUUGAAGGGUGCCAGGCGCAGGUUGACAUGGCUAUGCUUGUCCUGGCACGUAUGCAGACCUGGAGCCCGACAGCCAAGCGAACAUUAGAUGCUGUGGCCAGAUUAUUUGAAGCGAGCAAGCGAGGUCCAGACAUAAGUGAAGAGACCGACAGCACGAGCACUGGUAGCUAUACCGCAGCCCACGAAAAUUAUUUUCAUACGAUCACCCCUCCAAUUGUUCCAUCUCAACCAGACGCCGGGAGAAUAAUGAUCGCAGAAGACGGUGGUUUGCCCGACGCUUUGGUGUCUCAGUUCAUCGACAACUCUGUGAGUCAGGACCUUUGGGAUUAUCUCAGCUGGAGCGACCGUAGUAUGUGGCCUGCUCUGUCGGAUUCUGAAAAUACGAAUGACUCGAUCUUUUUGGGCCACAGUGACAAGGAUAAAAAUGGGAACAACAACUCGUCCUUUUUGAACAGCAUUGCAGAUACUGCAUAUCUUGUAAAUAUGUCAACAUCUUCUUACUGA